GAAAUAUAUAAAAAAUCGAAUUGAAUUACAUUAAAGGCGGGGCUAAGCAAGUCCGUCACCACACUCCGCCUGUUUCAGAAGAUACACAGAGAGGAGAGGAGAAAGUUAGGAGUCCUCGCGCUAUGAACGGAACGAAAGGGGUACUCUACUGGCUUAUCCGAGCACACUAGAGAAAUUGUGGCAGCAUGUUAUGCACAAAUUAUGCCAGUAUAGUCUGUUGUUAAACUUUAACGAGUUGCUGUCUAAAUGUUCGCCGGAAACCAAGGAUCGCAGGACUUCAACGGCCAAUAAGGACUUGUUUUGUUUGACCACCGAUUUUAAUAUGCGUGCUACCGGUGCUGUAUUGGUUUUCCCUUCGCCACUCCAUACAACGUGGUCCCAGCGCGGCUUCAGCAAAAAAACUACAGAAACACCGUAGUCCAAAAUUACCAAUAUCUCGAAACUGUUUGUCUUUUUUCGUUUCUUUUAAUUUAAUGAAUAAGCAUUGCACAGAGGAUUAAUACUAUUUGCAAACUUCCGUAACUGGACUAAAAGUUUUGAUUGAUUUGUACCUGUCAUGGAUAUACCAUUUUUGUCAAGGACAUAAACACCUCCUAUUCUAGACCUCAGACGGCCACAUGGAACAUUAAUUCUGCAAUACCACACAAGUAAAAAUCUUGAUUUUAAAUUUCAGACAAAUGUGAUUGUUAUCUUUUCCCUAAGAUGCAUAAUUUGCUAAGGGAUAGAAUGUCAUGCAGUAUGUAACAAUUAUAUCAUCCCAUUUUGUCCUGAAACACUAUGGGGGACUUACAUGUGAAGACUGUGAUUUUAUUCUGGUGUCCACUUGUAAUUGUUGGAUCAACGCUGGAAAUUGGAGCCUAUGACAUCGAACGAGGGCGACCAGCAAAAUGCGAGCCCAUCACCAUCCCCAUGUGCCAGGGCAUCGGCUAUAACAUGACGAGGAUGCCCAACUUCAUGAAAUACGAGAGUCAGGUCGAGGCGGGCAUCAAGCUGCUAGAAUUUGCCCCUCUGGUGAAGUACGGCUGUGACGUGCACCUCCGCUUCUUUCUCUGCUCGCUCUACGUGCCCAUGUGUGCUGACCAGGUGUCCAACACCAUCCCCGCCUGCCGGCCCAUGUGCGAGCAGGCACGCCAGCGUUGCUCACCCGUCAUGGAGCAGUUCAGCUUCGGCUGGCCCGACUCGCUGGACUGCUCGCGGCUGCCAACCAAGAACGACCCCAACUCCCUGUGUAUGGAGGCGCCCGAGAACGACACCAAGCCUGAGGGGAAGAAGGGGGAGGGCAUGCUUCCGCUGCCCCCCAGGCCCAGGCCACCGGGCACCGGGGCAGGAGUUGGGGGUUCAGCUGGCGGGGCCUCCACUUCCGCUGGCCUGGGCUCGUGCGCCAACCAGGAGAAGUUCCAGUACGUGGAGAAGAGCCGCUCGUGCGCGCCACGCUGCGCACCCACUGUCGACGUCUUCUGGUCGCGCCAGGACAAGGACUUCGCCUUCGUGUGGAUGGCCGUCUGGUCCACACUCUGCUUUAUCUCGACCGCCUUCACCGUGCUCACCUUCCUCCUGGACCCGCAGCGCUUCCAGUACCCCGAGCGGCCCAUCAUCUUCCUCUCCAUGUGCUACAACGUCUACUCGGUGGCCUUCAUCAUCCGCUCGGUGGCCGGCGCCGAGAACAUCGCCUGCGACCGCGAGAAUGGCGAGCUCUAUGUCAUCCAGGAGGGCCUGGAGAGCACCGGCUGCACGCUUGUCUUCCUCAUCCUCUACUACUUCGGCAUGGCCAGCUCCAUCUGGUGGGUCAUCCUCACGCUCACCUGGUUCCUGGCUGCUGGACGCAAGUGGGGCCACGAAGCCAUCGAGGCACACAGCUCCUACUUCCACAUGGCUGCCUGGGGCCUGCCGGCCAUGAAGACCAUCGUCAUCCUCACCAUGAGGAAGGUGGCGGGAGACGAGCUGACGGGGCUCUGCUACGUGGGCAGCAUGGACGUGACUGCGCUGACCAGCUUCGUGCUGGUGCCGCUGGCCUGCUACCUGGUCGUGGGCACCUCCUUCAUCCUCACGGGCUUUGUGGCGCUCUUCCACAUCCGCAAGGUCAUGAAGACGGGCGGCACCAACACGGAGAAGCUGGAGAAGCUCAUGGUCAAGAUCGGCGUCUUCUCCAUCCUCUACACGGUGCCGGCCACCUGCGUCAUCAUCUGCCUCUUCUACGAGCGCCUCAACAUGGACUACUGGCGCUACCGCGCGCUGGAGGGCAAGUGUGUGGCUUUCCCCGGACGCCGGAGCGAGGACUGCUCGCUGGACGCCUCCGUGCCCACCGUGGCCGUCUUCAUGGUCAAGAUCUUCAUGUCGCUGGUGGUGGGCAUCACCAGCGGCGUCUGGGUGUGGAGCCCCAAGACGCUCCAGACCUGGCAGGGCCUGUGCAACCGCAGGCUGGCUGUGCGCGGCUCCAGGAAGGCCUGCAACAGCGUCAGCUGCAGCAGCUCGCACUGCUACUACAAGCCGUCCACGGUGGCGUUGCACAUGUCCAAAACAGACUCUUACCUAGAGAGCCCCACACACGUCUGACAGUGGAGGCUAAAGCUUCCACCAUGUUCUUGUAUGUCCAGUGCCAAAAAGAAGGGAGCGUGUUUAUUUUUUUGUCCUCUAUAGACAUCAUUGCUCUGCAUUGACUGCAUUUGAUGAUUUUAAAGUAGGGAAGGCAGGCAAAAUCACCCACAGGCAGACAUAAAGGGAGUAUACGUAUGAACAUCAUCUGAUAGACUGCUUGUUUGUGGUGAGCAACUGUAUAGGAUGUAUACAAGGUAUUCAUGUUUGUUUGGUGUUUUCUCCCUCUCAGACUUCACCAGCUGGUUAACUUAUUGUUUUGAGUAUUUAUGUGCAGACCCCAAUAGGUGUUGCUGUAUGUAUUGUAUCGUAUUGUAUAUGAGCACUUACUGAAAGAAUAUAACAACUAAAGUGUUUUUAAAGAAGUCAUAUUUUUCCUAAAUAAAAUACAGUAAUGUA